AUGUCGUCGGGGCAAGUGCCGUCUGGCAUGCGUGACGACGACGACGACGACGACGACGAGAAGACAGGCGUAUUCACCACAUCCCGCUGUGCCCCUUGGGUGCAUGUUCACCAGAAGCAGACUUCCUUCGAGAAAGUCCAUGGAAGUAGAGCGCCACAGAAACUGCCAUCGGCAAAUGCGGACGCUGGAGUCGGACUGCAGCAGUUGUUGGUUGUUAGCUUGCGGGAAGGUACCGAUGUGCUGGUGCUUGCCUGCUUUGGUGUCUGCUGUGUGUCCCCAAAGAGGAAAGAGGGGGUAGGCCUAGGCUUGAACAAUAAGCGCCGAGCAGGGCAGGAGUGGCCCGCCCAGAUGCGCUCCAGACCAAUCGAGCGCCCUAGGACCCUGCAACGACUGGGUGCAUUGAGCCCAGCCAAGCCUUCGAUCGGCGAGGGCGUCAACAUUCAGACCGACCUGUGA